UAAAGAUUUGUUAAAAGUCAAAAUGUUCCAAAAAAUCCGUGGCGGUUCUGUAGUAGAGAUGCAAGGAGAUGAGAUGACGCGAAUCAUUUGGGAGCUAAUUAAAGAAAAACUUAUUUUUCCCUAUGUGGAGUUGGACCUGCACAGCUAUGACCUAGGCAUAGAGAAUCGUGAUGCCACCAAUGACCAGGUCACCAAAGAUGCUGCAGAAGCCAUAAAGAAAUACAACGUAGGUGUCAAGUGCGCUACUAUCACCCCCGAUGAGAAGAGGGUUGAGGAGUUCAAAUUGAAACAAAUGUGGAAAUCGCCAAAUGGCACCAUCAGAAAUAUUCUGGGUGGUACUGUCUUCAGGGAGGCCAUCAUCUGCAAAAAUAUACCACGGCUUGUAAGUGGAUGGAUAAAGCCCAUCAUCAUAGGUCGUCAUGCGUAUGGGGAUCAAUACAGAGCAACUGAUUUUGUUGUUCCUGGGCCUGGAAAAGUAGAGAUAACCUACACACCAAGUGAUGGAACACAAAAGGUGACAUAUUUGGUACACAAUUUUGAAGAUGGAGGUGGUGUUGCUAUGGGGAUGUACAAUGAAGAUAAGUCAAUCAAAGAUUUUGCACAUAGUUCUUUCCAGAUGGCUCUGACUAAGGGUUGGCCUUUGUAUCUGAGCACCAAAAACACUAUUCUGAAGAAAUAUGAUGGGCGUUUCAAAGACAUCUUUCAGGAGAUAUAUGACAAGCAGUACAAAUCCCAAUUUGAAGCCCAAAAGAUCUGGUACGAACAUAGGCUCAUCGAUGACAUGGUGGCCCAAGCCAUGAAAUCAGAGGGCGGCUUCAUCUGGGCCUGUAAGAACUAUGAUGGUGAUGUACAGUCAGACUCCGUGGCCCAAGGUUAUGGCUCCCUGGGUAUGAUGACCAGUGUGCUGAUUUGUCCAGACGGUAAGACGGUAGAAGCAGAGGCUGCCCACGGGACUGUGACACGUCACUACCGCAUGUACCAGAAAGGACAGGAGACAUCCACCAAUCCCAUUGCUUCCAUCUUCGCCUGGACCAGAGGGUUGGCCCACAGAGCUAAGCUUGAUAACAACAAAGAACUCAGUUUCUUUGCAAAAGCUUUGGAAGAUGUCUGUGUUGAGACCAUUGAGGCAGGCUUCAUGACCAAGGACUUGGCUGCUUGCAUUAAAGGUUUACCCAAUGUACAACGGUCUGACUAUCUGAAUACUUUUGAGUUCAUGGACAAACUUGGAGAAAACUUGAAGAUAAAACUAGCUCAGGCCAAACUUUAAGAUCAUCACUCGACUUAGGAGCCUAAGAUUUUCUUUGGUAACUAAGUCCAUUGGUUUACAUUUUUCUGUAUAACACUCAAGGGUAAAGACAAAAUCAGCUUUGUAAUUUGCUUAGAAACCAGAAGUUUAUCUUUUCUAUACGUUUACAGUCUUUUUCUUAUACCGACAGCGAUUGCCACUUUCAUGAAUGUGGCCAG